CGCCUCGCCUCCGGCCUCCUUUAUAAUCCCGUGGCUUUGGAACUGGAGCUUCAGCCUUGAGCCGUUGAGCUCACCUUUUGGCUGUGUCGUUCCGCCUUGCUUUCCUCCAUUUCCUCCCUAUAUACAACACACACCAGGACUCCAGUAGAGCGGGGGGACGAUGGAGCCCGACGAUUUCUUCUACAAGGACGAUGAGUCUGAUAGAUCUGAGUCGCUCACGGGGUGCGCGCCAACAUCAACAUAUGAGACUAAGAUGCGGCUGCCAGGUGACGAUGAAUUCUCAAAAGAUAUGGAUAUGAUAGAACUACUCUUCAGGUUUCGUGGGAUAGAGGAACCUCCCGCAAAACAUAGCAAGUGGCCUCCCACCAUUUGCAUGGUUCCCAAGGAACUUCGAAGGGGUGACAGUAAUGGUUGCUAUGACCCUGUCGCUGUCCAAAUAGGCCUGUGCAUAAGCAGAAGACCGGAGAAGCUCCAUCCAAGAUUUAAAGAAUCUCCGGGAAGAGAGUUCAUAAACACCAAGGAUCUCCGGCAAGUGCUCCCGAAGGAGCUGCAGGACAUGGAGCGGUACAAAUCGUCCUGCGUGCUGCAGCUGAUGAGCCGGCGGCGUGACAAGAAACCAGGGGAACUGGUGUACAGCUGCUACGACGGCAUGAAUCGCCGGCUUCGCGAAACCAUUCUGUGCCACUCCAACGCCGAGGGCCGUUUCUUGGACCUACUGGCGUUGCUACGCACCUUGGUAAUCGACGGCUGCUUCAUCCUUCACCGCUUGGUCAAGUACGCACAUCUCGCAGAAAGGAAGACGAAAAGCAGCAGGCAGCAGCAAGGCGGCGGCUAUGGCGCCCAUGACUGCACGCAGACCGGUGGCAGGUGCUUCGUGUGGCAGCUCGUGACGCGGGACCUGCUGCUGCUCGAGAACCAGAUCCCUUUCUUCGUCCUCCGCGAACUGUUCCAGGUGCUGAAGAAGGACGGCGAGAGCGACGAGACCCUCGUGAAGGGCGGCCUCAUGCUCUUCCGCGCUCUCUGCCCCCAGAUGCUGCUGCAUCGUCCAGAUUCUUCUGUCCCUGUCUCGGACAUUGCCAAAAAGCUCGAUGCCGAUGCCGAUGGUGUGCACCACCUCUUGCACCUCUUCUACCUCUUGGUCGGCUAGAGAGAGCUCAUCGUCAGCAAGCACCCAGCACCAGCACCAGCAGGUCGUCGUCCUCGUCCAGCAGCGGCAAAUGUUUCGGUACCCAGGUGGGCUGGUACCCAUGCUGACCGAGCACCAACAUCAGCACCAGCAGGUCAUCGUCCUCGUCCAGCAGCAGAAGGAUCAGCACCAGCAGGUCGUCGUCCUCGUCCAGCAGCAGCAGCAGCAGCAUCAUCAGCAGCAUCAGCAGCAGCAGCAGCAAGCAGGAACAACAAUAAUGACGGCGGCGACGACGCCGUCGUCGAGGAAGAGGAACUCGACGACGACGACGUGCUGCCGUCGGAGCUCCCGCAGUGGAUACCAGGCGCCAAGGAGCUGGUGGAGGCCGGCAUCCGGCUGAGGAAGAGGAAGGGCGCGGUGAGCUUCCUGGAGAUCAGGUUCGACGCCCGCCGCGGCGUCCUGGAGAUCCCGCCGCUGCAGCUCUACGACUACAGCGAGGCGCUGUUCCAGAACAUGAUCGCGUUCGAGCAGACGUACCCGCGCACCCAGUUCGACGUCUCCACCUACGCCGUCUUCAUGAACUGCCUCGUCAGCACGGCGGAGGACGCCAGGAUCCUGCACCUGCGCGGCAUCCUCGUCAACAUGGUGAACGGCGGCGGCGACCACGACGGCGGCCGCCACUUCUUCGACAGGAUCUGCUCGCAGGUGCACUUCCCGUCCGACAACUACCUCGUCCACACCAUGGCCGGCGUCAGCGAGUACAUGCAGUCCAGGCGGCACAGGUGGCGGGCGGCGCUUGUGCGUGACUAUUUCAGCAACCCUUGGGUGGCCAUAUCCGUGGGGGCCGCGGUUUUCCUGCUCUUCUUGACCGUGCUGCAGACCUUCUUUACCGUCUAUCCCUACUUCAAGCCUUCCAAUUAAGGCAGAGAGAUUAAUAAUUAAGCACAGAGCCAUCUGUGCAACAUUUGCUGCAUCCAUGUUUUCAGUGUGUUAAACUGUUAAUUAAUGUCUGUAUAAAUGUACAUGGAUCUAUAAACAUAUUACUGUACUA